CCCAGCACAGACCUCGUGGUAGACACGAACUUCUCGUCUCAGCCAUAUUGAAAAAUUGAAUGUAUCUGUUACACAAGGGCUCAAGAGUAGCCGAUAAUUAUUUGCAUAAUCCUCGUCAAAAAGAGGAUAAAUAUCGCCAUGGAGUACAGCAUCACUGUAACUAACAAGUUCUCGUUAGCCCUGGACGAAGAUGAGGAUCCUUUGGAGCUACUGAAAGUUCGCGAACAAGAGAAGGAAGCUAAGAAAAAAGAAAAGCUAUCAGAAAAGGAGAACAAAAGUAAGCAACCUGAGGCACCAGCCAAAACUCCUGGUGUUAAACCACAAAAGAGUCGUGUUAUCAAGGAAGCUCAGCAGCAGCAAGUCAAGCCUGCUCAGGAACUCAAAAAGGAUCAAGUUGAAAAAAAACCAGCUCAGCAACGUUCAGGCGGCGGUGAUCGCAACGUAAAGUUCUCCGGCGAGUCACGCGAGGAUCAUAACAACAGACGUAACCGCGAAGAUGGUGAUCGUCCUCCUCGCAGUCAGGGAGAAUACAGACGAGGACCUCCUGGCGAGGGCCGAGAAAACCGGGACUACCGGAACUCAACUGAUGGCCCACGCGGCGACUUUGGCGACCGAAGACCAGCACGUGGUGGCCCGCGAGGCGGCGGCGGCUUAGCCCCACGUGGUGGACGCGGUGGACCAAGAGGAGCACGCAGCGGUUUCGACAGUCGCGGCAAACGGGAAUUCGAUCGUCAAUCUGGUUCUGAUAAAACGCAUGCUUACAGCGGAGUUAAACCAGUUGACAAGAAAGACGGCGCUGGCAGCCACAACUGGGGAACUCACAACGAUGACAUUGCGGAAAGUCUUAACCCGGAAACCAAUGAAGACUGGGGUAAUUUGGACAAACCCGAAGAAGUACCAGCAGCUUCAACGGAGACCAAGGACUCAACAGAAGCUCCAGCAACUGCUGGCGAUGUAUCUGCUGAAGAAAAACCCGCCGAGGAAGAAACAAAAGAACUGACAUACGAUGAAUGGAAGGCACUGCGCGGCACUCGUGCCAAGCCGACUUACAAUUUGCGUAAGGCCGGUGAAGGCGAGGACUUGACUCGCUGGAAAAAAAUGUACGCCUUGGAAAAGAAGAAGGAAGGCGCUGAGGAAGACGAAGAAGAUGAGGAUGAUUACGACGCCGCUGCUGAGUAUCCGCAACGCGUUGGCAGACAAAAGCGCGUCUACGACAUUGAGAUUCAGUUCAGUGACUCUCGGCGUGGCGCUGGAGGACGCGGUGGUCGCGGUGGACGUGGUCGCGGUGACCGCAUGAAUGGACGCGGCUUCGGUGGUAAUCGCGGUGGAAUUACCAGAGAUGACACUCGCGCUGCUGAUGUCAUCAAGGCCCCAGCUCCAUCAGUCGAACAAAGAUCACCACGUGGACGUCCCCAGAACGCUCCGAAGGUCGACGAUGAGCACGACUUCCCAUCCUUGGGCUAGGAUCCCAUCACAGCCUCUUAAUUUCUCCCUGCUGUGUUAACAUUCAAGCAGCAAAUUGAAAAAAAAAAAAAAAAAUAAUAAAAUAAAAUAAUAAUAAAUAAGAAAAAAAAACUCCCACCAUGGAAAAAAAAAAAAUUAAAAUAA